AUGUGGUUGAAGGGCACUUUGAAGAAUUUGAAAUCCAGUGAGCUGAAGGAAUUCCACUGGUACCUGAAUAAUGCAGAUCAAUCAAAGGAUGGUUUCAACCCGAUAGAACUGUGUCAUCUGGAGCAUGCGGACGUGUUGGACACAGUAAAUCUGAUGAUGCAGAGGUUCUCCUCAAAGACCAGAGAGGUGGCCAAGACGAUUUUAAAGAACAUGAAAAGUGAUAAAGGUACGUUAGUUGCAGUUUGUAAAAAGCAGCUGAAGUCUAAGCUGCAGAAGAAGUACCAGGAUGUGUCUGAGGGGAUUGAUAAAGCAGGAAAGAAAAUCCUUCUGAAGCAGUUCUACACGGAGCUCUACAUCACAGAGGGAGGGACCGGAGAGGUCAACAAAGAACAUGAAGUCAUACAGAUGGAAGCAGCUUCCAGGAAACCACACAGAGCAGAAACAACCAUCAGACAGGAAGACAUCUUUAAACCCCCACCUGGAAGAGAUGAACCAAUCAGAACGGUGAUGACGAAGGGAGUGGCCGGCAUCGGGAAAACAGUCCUAACACAGAAGUUCAGUCUGGACUGGGCUGAAGGCAGAACCAACCAGGACAUCCAGUUACUGCUUCCAUUCACCUUCAGACAGCUGAAUGGGCUGAAAGAGAGAAAGUUCAGCUUGGUGGAACUAGUUCAUCACUUCUUCACUGAAACCAGAGGAAUCUGCAACUUUGAAGAGUUCCAGGUCGUGUUCAUCUUUGACGGUCUGGAUGAGAGUCGACUUCCUCUGAACUUCCACAACAAUGAGGACCUGACUGAUGUUACAGAGUCCACCUCAGUGGACGUGCUGCUGACAAACCUCAUCAGGGGGAACCUGCUUCCUUCUGCUCGUCUCUGGAUCACCACACGGCCCGCAGCAGCCAAUCAGAUCCCUCCUGAGUGUGACUAUGUUGACAUAGUUACAGAGGUCAGAGGGUUCACUGACCCACAGAAGGAGGAAUACUUCAGGAAGAGGAUCAGAGAUGAGGAGCAGACCACGAUCAUCUCCCACAUCAAGACAUCACGGAGCCUCCACAUUAUGUGCCACAUCCCAGUCUUCUGCUGGAUCACUGCUACGGUCCUGGAGAACGUCCUGGAGAACGUCCUGGAAACCAGAGAGGGAGGGGAGCUGCCCAAGACCCUGACUGAGAUGUACAUCCACUUCCUGGUGGUCCAGGCCAAACUGAAGAAGGUCAAGUAUGACGGAGGAGCUGUGACGGAUCCACACUGGAGUCCAGAGACCAGGAAGAUGGUGGAGUCUCUGGGAAAAUUUGCUUUUGAGCAGCUGCAGAAAGGAAACCUGAUCUUCUAUGAAGCAGACCUGAGAGAGUGUGGCUUCGAUGUCACAGAGGCUUCAGUGUAUUCAGGAGUGUUCACCCAGAUCUUUAGAGAGGAGCGCGGCCUGUACCAGGACCAGGUCUUCUGCUUCAUCCAUCUGAGUGUCCAGGAGUUUCUGGCUGCUCUUCAUGUCCAUCUGACCUUUAUCAGCUCUGGAGUCAACCUGCUGGAAGAUCAACAAACAACUCACCGUUCUUCAACCAGUUUGUAUCGGACAGCUGUGGACAAGGCCUUACAGAGUCCAAAUGGACACCUGGACUUGUUCCUGCGCUUCCUCCUGGGUCUUUCACUGGAGACCAAUCAGAAUCUCCUAAGAGGUCUGAUGGAACCAAAACAAAGAAGUUCACAGAACAAUCAGAAAACAGUUAAAUACAUCAAGAAGAAGAUCAGUGAGGAUCUGUCUGCAGAGAGAAGCAUCAACCUGUUCCACUGUCUGAAUGAACUGAACGAUCGUUCUCUGGUGGAGGAGGUCCAACAGUCCCUGAGGUCAGGACGUCUCUCCACAGAUAAACUGUCUCCUGCUCAGUGGUCAGCUCUGGUCUUCAUCUUACUGUCAUCAGAAGAAGAUCUGGAGGUGUUUGACCUGAAGAAGUUCUCAGCUUCAGAGUGGGCUCUACGGAGGCUGCUGCCGGUGGUCAAAGCCUCCAAGAAAGUUCUACUGAGUGGCUGUAACCUCUCAGAGGACAUCUGUGCAGAUCUGUCCUCAAUUCUCAGCUCUCAGUCCUCCAGUCUGACAGAACUGGACCUGAGCAACAACGACCUGCAGGAUUCUGGACUGAAGAAGCUGCGUCCUGGACUGGAGAGUCGACACUGUAAACUGGAGUCUCUCAGACUGAGUGGCUGUAACCUCUCAGAGGACAUCUGUCCACUUCUGUCCUCAGUUCUCAGCUCUCAGUCCUCCAGUCUGACAGAACUGGACCUGAGUAACAACGACCUGCAGGAUUCUGGACUGGAGCAGCUGUGUCCUGGACUGGAGAGUCCACACUGUCACCUGGAGUCUCUCAGGCUGUCAGGCUGUCUGAUCUCAGAGGAAGGAAGUUCUUCUCUGGUCUCAGCUCUGACCUCCAACCCCUCCCACCUGAGAGAGCUGGACCUGAGCUACAACCAUCCAGGAGAGUCAGCAGGGACGCUUCUGUCUAGACUGGAGGAUCCCCGCUGGAGACUGGAGACUCUCAGGGUGGAGCCUGCUGGACAACGAUGGAUGACACCAGGAGGUCUGAGGAAGUAUUCCUGUCAAAUCAACAUCGACCCAAACACAGUCCACAAAUACAUCAAACUGUAUGAUGACAACAGGGAGAUGACAUGUGUGAAGGAGGUUCAGUCAUAUCCUGAUCAUCCAGACAGGUUUGAUGGUUAUUUUCCUCAGCUGCUGUGUAGAGAAGAGCUGACGGGUCGCUGUUACUGGGAGGUCGAGUGGAGCGGAAAGGUUUCUGUAUCAGUGAGUUACAGAAGAAUCAGCAGGAUAGGAUUCUCUGAUGACUGUAUGUUUGGAAGAAACGAUCAUUCCGUGAGUCUGGACUGUGAUCCACGUGGUCAGUACCAUGUCCGUCACAAUAACAGACAAAUAUUCACCUCCUCAUCUCCAUGUCCAGGCUCUGGCAGAGCAGCAGUGUACGUGGACGUUCCUGCUGGAACUCUGUCCUUCUAUGAAGUCGUCUCUGACAGACUGAUCCACCUCCACACCUUCAACACCACCUUCACCGAACCUCUCUGUGCUGGAUUUGGAUUCUGGACCUCGCCCUGGUCUGGUUCUGAUUCCUCAGUGUAUCUGUGUCCAGUUUAG